AUGGCCACCGCAGCCGCAGCCGCAGUGCUGCCUCUGGUUCUGGUGCAGACCGUCGGCGUCGCCUGCGCGUCCGGGACGCCACGGCCACCGCAGCCGCAGCGGUUCCUGGGCCAGGGAGCGUCGCCGCCGGAGCCCGAGUGCGCGUCCAGGACGUCAUGGCCACCGCAGCCGCAGCCGCAGUGCGCCUCUGGUUCUGGUGCAGACCGUCGGCGUCGCCGUAGUCCAAGUCCACGCUCAGGACGCCACGGCCACCACGGCCGCAGCCGCAGCCGCAGUGCUGCUUCUGGCACAGAACGUCGCCGGUCUUCAAGUGCGCGUCCGGGACGCCACGGCAACCGCAGCCGCAGCGGUUCCUGGGCCAGGGAGCGUCGCCGGCGGAGCCCGAGUGCGCGUCCAGGACGUCACGGCCACCGCGGGCACAGCCGCAGUGCUGCCUCUUGCACAGACCGUCGGCGUAGUCCAACUCCACGCUCAGGACGCCACCGCAGCCGCAGUGCUGCCUCUUGCUCAGACCGCCGCCGUAGUCAAAGUCCACGCUCAGGUCGCCACGGCCGCAGUGCUGCCUCUUGCACAGACCGUCGGCGUAGUCCAACUCCACGCUCAGGACGCCACCGCAGCCGCAGUGCUGCCUCUUGCUCAGACCGCCGCCGUAGUCAAAGUCCACGCUCAGGUCACCACGGCCGCAGUGCUGCCUCUUGCUCAGACCGUCGGCGUAGUCCAACUCCACGCUCAGGACGCCACCGCAGCCGCAGUGCUGCCUCUUGCUCAGACCGUCGCCGUAGUCAAAGUCCACGCUCAGGACGCCACGUCCGCCGCAGCCGCAGCUGCAGUGCUGCCUCUGGCACUCUUGUCGCUACUGCACAGGUGCCUCAGGCACCACAAGGUCCCAGCCCAGCCCCAGCCCAUGUCCAACGGGCUGCUGGGGCAGCUCCUGUCAGGACACUGGGUUUACACCCGCAACCAGCCAAGAAACUGACGUCAAAAAGUCCCAAGGAUCCAGAGGAGGACGACGAGUAUGAUGAUGACGACGAUGACGAUGAUGACGACGAAGAUGAUGAUUCAGACGAUGAUUCGGUUGCAUCGUCGGUUCUCUUUGUGGCUGACGAGUCGGCCGACGAAGACAAGAAGCCAUCUAAAACGAAAGGAAAAGCUGCAGCAGCGGUCAGGGCAAAGAAGCCUGCCAAAGAUGGAAGCAAUAGGGGCCGCCCAGUUGGAGCUAAGAUGAUCAAACCGAAAAAGGCGGAGUUACAGGCACAGUUGGCAGCUGCCUCAGGUGGUGCCUCCACUUCUAAUGGCUCUCCAGCUGAGCUGAUUCAUAAUGAUAAGGAAAUCCCAGAGGGAAGCCCAAGAAGGACCCCAAGCAGGAGCCCAACAAGGAGCCCAACAAGGACCCCAAGAAGGAGCCCAACAAGGACCCCAACAAGGACCCCAAGAAGGACCGCAAGCAGGACCCCAAGCCCAAGCACGAGCGGCCUGCCAAGGUUCAGCCCAACUCCGAGUCCGAGCCCGCGCAGAAGGCAAGGUCGCUCAGGUCCAAGAAGACCUAGAUCAGUGCCUUGGGCAUCAUACUGGUGGGAAGAUGAGGAAUUCGAGGAAACUGCAGAGAAUGCAUUGAAUGACAUGUCGCCCCCAAUCCAUCAGGAGGACGCACCGCAAGACGACUUUGUCUUCCCUGAGACUGUGGAAGAGGAAGAUGCACUUUUUGCAGUACCACCAGAUGACUUUGGGUUCCUCAACGCCAGUGAUCACCCGCCUUCCCUCCCAUUCGCCCCCAUUCCUGCUGCUUCGGAUUUGGCAAAAAUGGUUACAACGCAACCAAUGUGCAGGGCGUGUAAAUUAGAACCACCCGUCUACUUGCUGAUGCCGUGCAAAAUAUUUGGCAUUUGCAGUGAUUGCGAACUUGAAUACAAGGACAGACUGAAGAAGUGUGUUGGAUGUGGAGAGAAACAUGUGGUUACAAUCUUAAAAAUAUUUACCUAAAUGUGUUUCCCUCCACAAUUUUUAUUUUUCUUCAGCAUUAAACUUUCAUGUUUGCUUAAAAACCUAAUUCUGUGAUUAAGAUAAGUACAAGGUUGUUUAGUGUUUAGUGUUUUGAUUCUUUCACAUUUACACAUGGUGUAAAGAGGCCUCUGUAAAGGGGCUCAUACAUGUUAAAAGCACUUUGUAAAAAAAUAUUUUUGGUGUAGAAGGAUAAAGGUUUUAUUAUUUCUGUAUUAAAACCCUUUUAGAUAAUUGAGUAAGCUUCAUUUUGACGUAAAGGAAAGUGACUUUGGACAUGUUUAGGAAAUUUGGUAAAAACAUUUAAACUUUUGGUUCUCAUAAGAUUUUGUUUGCAUACAGUAGAAGUCGUUUAAAGCGUUGAUAGCAAUUGUGGUCCUGUGCCUUCUUAUUGCGCUGAAGACUCUCUGUCUAGCUCAUAAUGUGAUGUAAACAGGCAUAUACUGGCAUCACAUUAUGAUUCUAGCAAAGGAGAAUCUUCAGUGCAAUAAUCAUAGGUAGAUGGGACCUCAAUUUCUUUCAAUGCUUUAGGCGGCUUUUACUGUACUUGCUUGAUCUGUGGGGGGAAAAUCAGGGAGACUCCUCACUAGUAGUGUCAUAGAUUUGACUACAAUGGGCUUUUAAUCAGCAAUAGUUUUCA